UCUGUGGGUAGCCCUUCCCCCGUAUUAAUAGCCUCCCUUAACUAUAAGCUAGCGAUCAAACUGGGACAUGUUCUUAUCAGCGGGACUCCCUUGUCUAAUGUAGAGCUGGUGGUGAUUUUUGUCUUUGCAAGAUGGCAUAUCACAGGCACUCAGGGCCCGGCAGCUACACUGUGGGCACCAUGUCCGAGCGCUUUGACUGCCACUACUGCCGUGACCCACUGCACGGGAAGAAGUAUGUGCAGAAGGAAGGCCGCCAUUGCUGCGUCAAAUGCUUUGAUAAAUUCUGUGCCAACACCUGCAUAGAGUGCCGGAAACCCAUCGGAGCUGAUUCGAAGGAGCUGCACUUCAAGAACCGCUACUGGCACGACACCUGCUUCCGCUGCUUCAAGUGCUCGGCGUCCCUGGUGAACGAGCCCUUCAUGCUGAAGGAGCACAACAAGGUGUGGUGCAACAAGUGUACCACCAUCGAGGGGGCGCCCACCUGCAAGGGCUGCCUGAAGCCCAUUGUGUCAGGUGAUCAGAAUGUGGAAUACAAGAAGACCGUCUGGCACAAGGAGUGCUUUACAUGCAACAACUGCAAGCAGGUGAUUGGCACGGCUAGCUUCUUCCCCAAAGGAGACGAGAUCUACUGUGUCACCUGCCACGAGCAGAAGUUUGCCAAGACCUGUGUCAAGUGCAAGAAUGCCAUCACCUCAGGAGGCGUCUCCUACCAGGAUCAGCCUUACCACGCGGAGUGCUUCGUCUGUGCCACUUGCACCAAGAAGCUGGGUGGGCAGCGCUUCACCGCUGUGGAGGAUCAGUUCUACUGUGUGGAUUGCUACAAGUCCUUUGUUGCCAAGAAGUGCAGCGGAUGCAAGAACCCCAUCACAGGCUUUGGAAAAGGCACCAACGUGGUCAGCCAUGAAGGCCAUUCCUGGCACGAUUACUGCUUCAACUGCAAGAAGUGCUCCAUCCCGUUGGCUAACAAACCGUUCGUCUUCCUCAACGAUCAAGUUUACUGCCCCAAUUGUGCCAAGAAGCUGUAAGGCCGGCAGAGCGGGCCGACGGGGCGCCUGCCCCCUCGCUGCCAAGUCGAUCAUGAACCGUGCGCUUGGAUCCUGGUCUGCUCACAAUUGCUGCCUGGCUGUUUUAGAUACCCACUGCUCACAUGUUCUCUUAAAGAAUGUAGGGCCAUCUCUUCUGCCCACUCCCCUUCGCUGCUGGCAUUAAAUAAAAAUGGCACAGGAACACCUUUUUUUAGAUGCAGAUAAUUUUGCUUCCUUGCAACCCUGGAGAGGCCAAGUAAAGUUGAGAGUAGAGCUUUGCACGUUCAAAAGGUACUCACUGCCACUUCAGCACUAUUGUUGGGAGGGCAGUGUCCCAGCAGGCCAGGGGGCGUCCAAGGAGGCACAGCUGCCUUGGCUUCCCAGCAGCCGCACGGGGUUGCUCCCAUUUUGCCCGAGAGCCACAUUGCCUGCAGGCCAGCUAUUUGUCAGGUAGCGCGCAGAUCUACCUGGUGAAUGGCCAGCCUGCUGGGAGUGUGGCAGCUGAAAGAGGAGCAACCUGAGCUGCCUCCUUUGGCAUCUCACUGGCUCCUUAGGACAAGCGGCUACUGAUGCCUGAAGGACAGUAUGACAGUCCAUCCCACUGCAGUGCUGUCCCCGUGCCCCGCUUCACACCCAUGCCUGAGGUGACCACCUCACUGUGCCUCAUAGAAGGGCUGCCCCCAAGUGUUAGGUGCAAACAUUGCCGAGAGUAGGCCCACUAACUGCUGGGCGUCCAGUGACGUCAAUGGAUUCAUCAUGGCUGCGGUUCUAAUAAACAAAGUCUUGGGAUUGAGCAAAGCCCCCCUUCUGAAUUUUACUGAGCAGACAGCAGAUUUUUUUAAAAAAAGUUUUUUUGAAAGAUGCCACCGACCUCUCUUUCGUUCUGAGUGCGCCUCUCGAUUUGUCUGUGGCUAUGUUGCAUCGCUGCUAGUACGCCCUUGUGGUACCCACCAAACCAGAAUGAUUCUUUUCCAGAGAAGUGCAUGGUUGUUCAAAUACGUCCCUUGAUUUGCAACAUUCCUCACCCCCAGCACGGAUUGCGCCACAGGCUGUUGGAGGCCUUGGAACUCCCUGCUCUUCAGACAGGACUACUUUCUAGCCUUUUUACAGACAUUGGACUCUUAAGUACCCCCUCCCAGAUUCUCUCUGUUUGAGAACCAUUGACUUGUUUUAACAGGCCAGGUUGCUGUUUCAAAAAAAUACCAACUUCUGGCCUCAGGAUGGGAUCAGCAAAGCCCCUAAACGGCCACAUAGGGCAGAUUAACAACAAAACCUACUCCAUUGGGACAGCAGAAGUCAUCUUCUCGGGGUGGAAAGGGAAGGGUCCAGUUGACUCCACUGAUCCCACAGAUUCAGGCUGGUGCGUCUUUGAAGCCUGUGUUCAUAACAAACCAUAUACACACGAUCACACUUAAACUUUUCCCCUUAUUCUAUAAAACAGGGUAGAAGAGCCUUCACUCUGACCUGUUGUGGUGCCUUUCCUUUAGCUGUGGUAGAAGGAAGACCUCCUGCCCAGAAUGCCUGUGCCCUCACUGCCCAUUCUGCAGACACUCACCUUGCUUUUAUUCAUCCGCUCUUUGCCAAGAUGCCAGGUGAGAGAGGCCAAUCUGACAGCUCUCUCCUGCUCCUGCAUAGCAUAGCUGCAACCACAUCAUAACAUAUCACGUUGCCAAGUUCUGUGUAGGAGCAUGCAAAAUUCAUCGGGUCCAGACGGCCAGCAAUUGCUAAUCAGGCCUGACACAGCUCAUGUUAUCACCUUUUAUCUUUUACAGCAUAUCUUACUGCUUGUGCUUUAACUCCACAGUAUUUUAUAGUUUUAUUGUUUUCAUCGACAGCCUCCAUUGACUGUGCUGAUUUUAACCACUUAGAAACUUUUAUAGCUCUGAAUAGCAUAUUUCACUGUUUUAGCCCUAACUUCAUCGAUUUGGUAGCUUUAUAGGUUUUUUUUUGCAGCUUAAAUAGUAGCUUUUUAGCAGUGCAUAGCUUUUACACCACCACCUUCCUACUCAACAGCUACAGUUGUGGGCAUAGUCUGCUUCAAUGCUGUUUUAAUGUAUUUUACUUUAUGGUGAUCAAAGACUGUAAUAAAGAUCGAUUAAUUGGGAUCUAACUUUUAGGGGUGGCCACCAAUGUUCCCUGUAACAGAAAUUCCCAGAUGCUGAUGAGUACAACUCCCAUCACCCCCAGCUGCAAGGGUCUUUCACUGGGGAUUAUGGGAGUUGUAGUCAGUAACAUCUGGGAAUCCCUGUUAGAGGGGAAUCACUGGCUGCCAUUGCUGACUUCAGAAUAAGCCACCUUUAAAUGUACAUUUAGGAAGCUUAACCCUUUAACCACGCUGGUUUGUAAAAGUAGCUUGCCCGAUUACUAGCUUUUAUACAUCUCUGUUGAAAAAUGUGCCUCUUGCAGAAGACAUCAAUCCUGCACAAGACAUUAAUCUGAGAUAUCGGAUGAAUACACAAAAUGUAUGCACGUUGGAUUGGUUGAAACUCGUAUCAUCAAGCUAUUUCCUCUAAUAAAACAGAAGAUUGCUUGUCUA